AUUUAUUCUACUUAGAUCCCUUUAUUCUCGUUUUCCAUUCGGUUCUCUCUAUGUUCUGGUCCCUUUUAAUAGAAGAAUACGAGAGAGAAAAACCUGAAAAGGUAUAGAAAAAUAUAGUAACUCAUAAGAAAAAAUGAUGACCAAUAGCCAUAAUCACAGUGAUUAUUCUGAUAAAAUGCAAAAAUGUCAAGAUUAUAUCCAUGCUUUAGAAGAAGAGCAUAAAAAGAUUCAAGUUUUCCAACGUGAACUCCCCCUUUGUCUUGAGCUUGUCACUCAAGCAAUUGAGGCAUGCAAGCAGCAAUUAUCUGGUACAACUAGUGAGCAUAAUUUACAUGGGGAAUCUGAGUUUUCUGAGCAAAUAUCAAGUGAAGGGCCAAUCUUUGAGGAAUUUAUUCCUAUGAAGUCCAAUUCUGGUGACGAUGAAGAAAAGUCCCAAAAGCCAAAUGAUAAAAAUAGCAAGAAUGUUAAUGAGAAAUCUUACAAGAAAUCAGAUUGGCUUAGAUCUGUUGGGCUUUGGAACCAAACCGCAGAUCCAACCCCAGAAGAGGAUUUAUCCGAAAGGGGAACUUCUGGUGCAUUUCAUCAAUUCAAGAUAGAGAAAAGUGUUGGUGCCGAAACUACUACUGCACAAGGGAUAAUGAAUAGGUCGGCUGCGCCGCCGGCGGUGACAACGGCAGGUGCCAAUUCAAGGGCGGAGAAAGGUGGUGGAAGUAAGAAGGAAAAACAAUCUGAAAGAAAGGCAAGGAGAACCUGGUCUCCUGAGCUGCAUAAAAGAUUCUUGCAAGCCCUUGAACAACUUGGUGGUUCUCAUGUUGCUACACCAAAACAAAUUAGGGAGUUCAUGAAGGUUGACGGGCUCACUAACGAUGAAGUUAAAAGUCAUUUACAGGUUUGUACUGUUCUUGAAUGUUGAUUCCUAACCCC